CAGGCUAAUGCAUAUGAACACCUUUGAAUCUCAUCAGUCCCUUCUAACCACUGAAUAGUGUGUGCUAAGGAACCUUGCUCUCCCUGUAGGCCAGUGCAGAGCAGAAGGCGUACCACCUGCUGCGACAGUGGAGGGAGAGGAAACAGGGAACGCUGUAUGCCCUCAAGACCAUCCUCUCCCAGGCUGGGAUCUCUCUCCAGGAACCAUCUACCACCAGCCCUUGUCCUUCUCCUACCCCUACUCUCUCUUCCUCCUCCUCCCAGCUACCUAGUCUGUCAAUUUCCUCUCAUCCUCAAAAUGUCAUUGUCGUCUACGGCCAGGAGGCCAAACUGGAAGUGAGGACGGAGGGACUCACUCAGACCUGCUCCUACCAGUGGUACAAGGACGGCCGAAAACUUAUCGCAAAGACCGGGAAAUCAAUGUUGAUAGCAUCGACAGUGGACAGCGACGAAGGGAGCUACAGCUGCCAGAUAACGAACCCCGAGGGAUCCAUCAUGUCCCACCCUGCCACUAUCACCGUGGUCUCCGUGGCACCUCAGUCCUCGUCGCAUCAGCCACGUGGCAGACGAGCAGUCGAGCGGAGGAGUCACCCCACGUAUCUUCCCCUGCCACCAGGGAAUAUCAAUAGAGGAGAAGGUGCUGUGUAUGGUCUCACAGGACGAGGAGUCGAUGAUGAUGACGAUAAUGAUCAAUACAUAUCUGAGCCUUACAGAACAGCCGUUCCUUCUAUUACAUCAUCAACUAUGCCUCAGAAAGCUAUGACUGGGACCAUCACCAUAACAGAGCAGCCUCAGUCUCACGUGGUUCCACUGGGAUCUCCAGUCACCCUCACCUGCAAGGCCUCUCUCUCUGGCGGAGGCUCGCACGAUGACCUAAACUACGUGUGGUAUUUGAACGGACUCUCCCUAUUGGAGCACGCCUCACCUCAGUACCACAUAGCCAGUUGCAGCGAGGAGGACGAGGGCAUGUACUCUUGUGAAGUAUCAACACUAAAUGAGUCGGUCAUGUCACAAAUGGGCUCUGUCUCUGUUGUUAAGUGAUUUAUCAUACAAAACUACUGUCAUUAUAAUGUUUUAUUGUUGUAGUGAUCAUCAUUCACUGUGAAAAUUAAUGCCGGUUUUAUGUAUUGUUAUCACAACCAAACAUUGUAUUUUCAUAAUUAUUACAUGUCAGUGUUAUGAUCCUGUACUAAGCAAGCGGACGGCA